AUGGAGGAGAAAGCGGCGGACGCGACGGCGGCAGUGGCGGCGGCGGCAGCGGACCAGGACGGCGCGGUGUACUGCAGCGAGCACCCGUACCCGCCAGGCGCGACCGCGGCGGCCGGGGCGGGCGCCGGCGGCAUCUGCGCCUUCUGUCUGCAGGAGAAGCUCGGCAUGCUGGUGUCGUCGUCCAAGUCCAGCCCCUUCCAUCCGCCGCCGCCAGUGUCCUCGACGCCGCCGUCGUCCAACCGCGCCUCCUCCGAGGCGCCGGCGCUGCCACUCUACCCUUCUUCCGCGGCGUCGUGCAAGGUGAUGCCCGCGCAGAACCCGGGCGGUGGGACUGGGCUCAAGAGGAGCAAGUCGGUCGCGCCGCGGCCGGAGGAGCCGCUGCCGCCGCCGGCGCCCGCGAUCACCGCGGACAGCCCGCGCAAGAAGAGCUUCUGGUCCUUCCUCCACCUCUCCUCGUCGUCCGGCAGCCACCACAAGCAGGGUGCGUCGUCGGCCUCGGCUUCGGCCAACGGCGGCGGCGUCGCGGCGGCGGCGAGGAGGAACUCCGUGUCGGUGGCGUCGGCUUCGUCGGCGUCGCUCGGGGGCCGGCUGGAGGCGAUCGUGGAGCCGGCGGAGAGCCCGGGCCGCCGGAGCGAAGGCUCCUCGUCGUCGUCGUUCGGGCGGAAGGUGGCGCGGUCGCGCUCCGUGGGCUGCGGCAGCCGCAGCUUCUCGGGAGACUUCCUGGAGCGCCUCUCCACCGGCUUCGGCGACUGCGCGCUCCGGCGCGUCGAGUCCCACCGCGAGCCCAAGCCCAACAAGGCCGCGGAAGCGGGCGCGCUGGGCCGCCACCUUGGCGGCGGCGGCGAGGAGCACGAGCAGGACCAGCACCACCGCAUCAAGUGCGCCGGGUUCUUCGGCGGCGGCCUAGGCGCCGCCGCGGCCGCGCCUUCGUCAUCCUACUGGCUCUCGGCACCCGACAGCGGGAGCGGCGCCGGCGGCGGGAGCGCGAGGGGCACCGGCUCGUCGCGGAGCCACCGGAGCUGGGCGUGGGCGCUGGCCAGCCCCAUGCGGGCGCUGAGGCCGACCAGCUCCUCGUCCAGCAAGAGCAUCAUGGCCGCGCCCACAGCCGCGUGA